AUGACUAGUUUAGAUGAUACAAUAAUUUCGUAUCAAAAUUUGAUGUUGCUAGACAACAUGACCAACUACAACAAGCCGGCCAUUGACUAUUUCCACCAUGAAUUUAGUGACGCAAGCUUAGAAAUGCCGGCUUCGUGGACACUGCUGUUGAAGAUGCGUAAACACAAAUUACUUCGACUACCAAGUUGCUCGUCGGAGGACGCGCUCGAUUAUAACAUGUAUCUCGUAAGAUUACACCAUUGUUUAUGGAGGCGUUGGUCCAUAAAUCACUAUGGUCUGCAAAACUCCAAGUCCAACCCGCUCUCCAUCAACUGGAACAAGGAGACUGAUGUGACAGUGUUGUACGGUCCGGACUUGACCAAUAUAGAUAAUAUUGAAGAUAAGAUGUGGCCUGCACAACAGCAAAACGACCAGAAACAGCAAAAGAGUUUGAAAUCUGCUUUGAAGAGAAAUGCGGAAUCAUGGAUCGACGAGGAAACGGAGGAGAUUAGCUGCACAGUGGGAAGCAAGGACACCCCCGUGGAAUCGGAAGACGUUUCAUGCGCGUCAUCCGUAGAUUCCCACACAUCAUCUAUCUUUGACCAACGUUCUUCAUGUACUAAAAUUUCUUCGAUAGAUGAAGAUGCGGAGGAUUUCGAACUAGAGGAGAAAGUUCAAUUCCCUAGGAAAUUGAAAUUCAACCAGGCUGUGAUGAGAAGAGAGAUUGAUUCUAAGGGUGCUAUUCACGAAUCUCUAGUCAACAUAAACGAUGUCCAACACCUCCGCCACCAUCGCCGUCAUCAUCGCCGCCACCAUCGCCACCAAACUCCCCUUGCCAAUGAAAGAAUACAGGAAACUUAUUCUGAAUUCGACAGCUAUUCAUUUGAUGCCAUAAAAGAUGAAGACAUUUUCUAUAGGAAUCAAGUUGUUUUCUGA